ACACGCUGGUGAUGACAGACUCAAAGAGGCUCUGGUCCUUUGGAUGUGGAGAGCAGGGCCAGCUGGGACAUGGAGAGGAGACUCAUCCCUCUGGGCCGCUACCUGUUCACCUGCCACAAGACACCACUGAUGAUCUGAACAUUAGAAACAUCUUCGCAGGAGGAAACUGUUCAUAUGCAACAUGCACGGCUAAUGAGGACAUUCAUGAGGAGGCUCACACCGACAGGGUCAACAAUGUCCCACAGCAUCGUCUUGAUGAUGUGAUUGACAGAUGGACCUCAGAAUGUGAUCCAAAGUCAUGGAGAAAGAUUCAACAGGAAAUUCACAGGAUGUCUUCUUCUGCAUCCUGUUUGAAUGGCAGCUUCCUAAAGAAAAGGUAAACACAAUAU